AUGACUGCGAAAGUAAGGGAGGAACCCAUCAUGACCAACUUGAAUGCGGUGACAAUCGAGGACCCGUUGACAUAUAAUGCGGAGAAGCCCGAGGAGAUGAACCCUGAAGAAGGGUCCACCCCUGAGCCUUUAAAACAUGAAGCAGAAGAAGUCCAGCUACCACAAGACUCCCAAUCUCUGGCGUAUUAUGACCCAGAGAUUGAGAGGACGUUCAGACAGAGACUAAGAAACUGCAGCCAACCACAACAGUCAGAUAAAGAAGAUAUGGCGGAGCAGCCUAGAAACAGAGAACCAAACGAAAACAACAUUAACAAGUCUAAGUUAGAUGUAACACAAACUAAGUUGGUUUUUAAGAACAAAGAGGGAUUUGGAGAUAAUUCACAAUCAUAUUCAUCCCUUAGUUACAAGAUGUUUACUAUUGAGAGUGCUCAUAGACUACUUGCUGAGAUGAUUAUUAUAGAUGAGUUGCCAUUUAAAUUCGUGGAUAACCAAGGGUUUAGGAGGUUUGUGGAUGGGACUUUGACGUUAGUAGAACCUAAUUUUGUUCUUCCUUCUCGAAAAACAAUUGCUAAGGAUAUUUUAGGAAUUUAUGAUAUUACAAAAGAGAUGUUGAAGGGCAUUUUUGUGAAAAAAGGAUAUAGAGUGUCACUUACAACUGACACAUGGCCAUCAAUCCAAAAUAUGAACUAUUUGGUUUUGACUGCACACUUUAUUGAUAAAGAUUGGAAAUUACAUAAGAGAAUUCUUAAUUUCACCCAAAUUGAGAAUCAUAGAGGGGAGACGAUAGGAAAAGAGGUUGAGAAAUGUCUAAAACAGUGGGGUAUUGAAAAUGUUAUGACAUUGACAGUUGAUAAUGCUUCGUCAAAUGAUACUGUCAUUGCUUAUUUGAAAAAACGUUUUAAGCAUGGGUUGGUGUUAGAUGGUGAGUUCUUGCAUGUUAGAUGUUGUGCACAUAUAUUGAACUUAAUUGUAUGCGAUAGCCUAAAAUAUAUUAAUGAUUCAUUGGAUCGAAUUCGAGAUGCUGUGAGGUUUGUUAGAUAUUCUCCUACUAGACUUGUCACAUUUAAGAAGUGUAUCACAGAGGAGAAUAUAGAUAGUAAAAGUAUGUUGUGUCUUGAUGUUCCAACUAGAUGGAAUUCUACCUAUUUGAUGCUUAAAGCCGCCGUAAAAUUUGAAAAGGCAUUUGAGAGGUUAGAAGACUACGACACAGUCUACAUGAAUGAGGAAGAAAAACCAACCACUAGGGAUUGGGAAAUGGUGAGAAUAUUUACCAAAUUCUUGUCAGUGUUCUAUGAAGUAACUGUUAGGCUUUCAGAGUCUUUGUAUGUUACUUCCAAUACAAUCUUCCAUGAGAUUAGUAUUUUUCAGAAUUGCAUCAAAAAAUAUUCAAGUGCAACUAUCCCUAAUGAUGUGCUUUUGCAAGAAAUGGCAAUGAAAAUGCAAGAAAAGUUUGAUAAGUAUUGGGAAAAAAGAGAUAGAACAAAUUUAUUCUUGUAUAUUGCCUUCGUUCUGGACCCUCAUUAUAAGAUGAAAUUUCUUUUGAAUUGCCUAAAUCAAUUAUUUGAUGUUUAUGUGGCAAAAGGCUUAAGAAGUAAGAUAGAGGGUGUUUUGAGAGCAUUGUUCAAUGAAUACAAUUUGUCAUUAUCAGUUGCUAAUAAGGGUCAAUCUUCAUGUACCAUUAAAAGUUCUCUAUUUAGAACUUUAAGUGCAAGUGCUUCAGAGAUUUUCCGUUUUGAUUUUGAAGAUUUAGAUGAAGAUGAUUCGCAAAGUGUGGAUUCAGAAGUUUAUAUUUACUUACUGGAGCCUCGUGUUAAACGUGAAGAUGACUUUGAUAUCUUAGAUUGGUGGAAGGGGAAUUCUUCUAGAUAUAAGAUUCUUAGCAAAAUUGCACGAGAUCUUUUAGCAGUUCCGGUAUCCACAGUUGCUUCUGAGUCCGCAUUCAGCACUAGUGGGAAAGUAAUUGAUCCUUUUCGUACCUCAUUAUCUCCAACCACUGUUGAGCGAUACUUGGGCGAGGUUCAAGCGGCUACCAGACUGCCUGCAGAUGGAGAUCUUUACCAAGGACUAAACCCUGCUUCACAAACCGCUGCCAAUGCAGCAGCAGCUGGUGGCCUGCUUGACAAAACAUAUGAGGAGGCCAAAAGUAUACUUUAUCGCAUUUCCAAAAAUCAUGAGGAUUGGCAAGAAAGUGAUCAAAGAUUAAGAAUUAAAGACAAUGACUCAAAUGACGGGGCCAUCGCAUCCUUUCAGAAUCAAAUGGCUGCGAUGAUGAGUUUGAUACAAGGCGAGCUAAAAAAUCGACCACAAGAAGCGUUGUCGAGCUCAACUGAGCUUCCUCGCAAUGCUGGAGCUAUCGGGAACGAACAAUGCUUAGCAGUCUCCUUGCUAAGCGAAAAAAUGACUGUGGAAGUAAGGGAGGAACCCAUCACGACCAACUUGAAUGCGGUGACAACCGAGGACCCAUUGACUUACAAUGUAGAGAAGCCCGAGGAGAUGAACCCUGAAGUUGCGUCUACCCCUGAUCCUUUAAAACACGAGGCAGAAGAAGUCCAGCUACCAUCAGGCCCGCAAGGAUUAAAAGAAAAACAAAAUGAUGAAGAUAAGAUCGCAAUAGCGGCAGCAACGAAAAAUGUCAUGAUCCCACCAAAAAUGUGCGACUCAUGA